UGCAAAUGGUGAGUUUGUUUUCUUCCUUUCUUGCUGCAUCUCACUGGCUAGAACCUCCAGCACUUGUUAGUGACAGCUUAGUACUCCAUAAUUUAGAUACUUGCUGCAUCUUGUGGAUGGAGUCUCUGGACUACAAAAUGACAGCUACUGCUAUGGAAAUUGAAAAUCAAAGUGAUAGCUCAUCGUCUGGUAGCAGCUUAUUUAAAACUCAACGGGUUCCUUCCUUACCUAAGCGGAGGGAAGGAAACCCUGUUAGGAAAUUCGAUUUACAAGAAAAUGCUCAAGCAGGAGAGUCAUCAAGCGAUUCCUCUUCUGAACCAAUACCACGGACUUUAAAAGCUAUUUUUGAAAGAUUUAAGAAAAAGAAACGUAAAAAGAGGAAAUAUAAGCGAACGGGAAGACCAAAGGGAAGACCAAAAGGAAGGAGGAACACCAGAAGUUCACAAAUAGGCAAAAAACAAUUUAAAGACAGAAGACCUGGGUUCUCAUUUUUAGAAUCAGAGAAUGGAAAACAGUUACCUUGGAAGAAAAUUUUAAACUUUGAGCAAGCUGUUGCAAGAGGAUUUUUCAACUACAUUGAAAAACUGAAGUAUGAAUACCACCUCAAGGAAUCCUUGAAACAAAUGAAUGUUGGUGAAGAUUUAGAAAAAGAAGAUCUUGAUAGUCGUAGAUAUAAAUACUUGGAUGAUGAUGGAUCCAUUUCUCCUAUUGAAGAGUCAGUGGCAGAGGAUGAGGAUACAGUGCAUCUUGAACAUGGCGAUGAAUGUGAUAUCAAAUUGGUGGAGGAUAAUUAUUUCAUAAUAAGCUCAAAAUUACCAAAGAAGAAGAUGAAUGCUUAUUUAGAACAAGGGGAUGAUAGUGAAGAAACUGCUUUAUUGAGAAAAAGAAACUCAAAGGCCAAAAACAAAGUCCAAAUGUCCUGAAAUGGAGUAAGGAGUACAAAUGUCAAACAAGGUAAUAACAUUACAUCAUAGAAAGAACAAACAUAAAGAUGAUAACUGAGGAUAUGACUGUUGAAGAAGAAACUGUUUAACCUUCAAGGGAGAAAAUUAAAGAAGCUCAGAAGAAGAUUGAGAGAAACUCCUAAAAAGAAAUUAAAAAACAGUUAAUGAAAUUGUUUAUUUAUGUGGGAGAAAUAAUCACUUAUUAAAUACACAAGGAAAGUCCUGCUUCUCUUGCUGAUGUUUAUUCAUUUCAAGAUGGGAGAGCUAAGGUACCCAUUAGCAUUGAAUCAGUAAACGAAGAUUUUCUUAAACCCAGAAAUGAAAAACAUGGAGAAAAUUAACUGACUGGCGAAACGACCACUUUCAUUCAGACGGUGGUAAUCAGUGAUGCUCUUCCCAGUUACCUGGAUUUGAGAACCUGGUGUUUGGAGUUUCAGGUAUGGGCAUAUCCCAAAGGUCUCUACUUUGUGUGUGGUAACAUUUAGGAGUGAACAAGAUAGAAACUCAUGAUAAGAGGUUGUUUGAAAUUGAGAACCUUGCACAUCUACCAGUUGUGAUUCAAAAGGCCCUAAAGUGAAUAAUAGGAAGAAAUUGGGUUCCAAGAAUACUAGAUGGGGAAUUUUUGAUACAUCAAGUUACGUCCAUACACAACUGGAGAUGAAAAGGCCAACCAAAAGAAUUGUGACAAGGCUGACUAACAGUUGUGGAUUCCUUUUAAAAGGUGCUAUCUUGAAGACAAAUCUUGCCUCAAGCUUCAGAGGAAUAAGAUGACUGAGCAGUGAAAUGAAACUUAACACGUAGAAUACCUUAAAUAAAAAUUUAUUGACUUUAAAUAAUACCACCUAAUGCUACACACAAUAAAACUACACUGGAAAAAAUCA